UAAAAAUAAUCUUAAUUAAAUUUAGUAGGCCAAUAAUCUUUGCUAAUGUUAGGUGUUGCAUCUGUUGUCUAUGGCAGUGACAUUUCGCUAUCAGUAGACCACCGAAAAUCUAGGCCCUACCUACGCGCAUGUUUUAUUACAGAGUAGGCCUGUUAUUGAUUUACGAGAGGAAAGUCACACAUUCGUGAUGUGCGGAACAUCCCACUCCACCUCGUUGUGAAGUUCCGACUAGGAAUCAUAAACAGUAAGAAUGCAAAACACUGGUGUUCUUCAGAUUAUAAAAAGAGCCUCACAGAAAGUUAACAAACUCCAAAAACUCAAUCACAUAGCAAUAUCGAGAAAUAUCAAUGGCUAUCACUAUCAGUCUACUAGAAGCCUUCACAUACCUCUGAAUGGAUAUUCAUUUACUGACUACAAUCUUGAAAAAAAAAGUUUUAGUUUACAAGUACCGAACAACUUUAACUUUGUCAAACAUUUUAUUGAUGAGUGGGCACGCGCUGAAAGGCUAGGGCUCAGGAAUACAUCAAAUCCAGCACUCUGGUGGGUCAACGCUAAUUCCAAAAAAGAAAUAAAAUUCUCUUUUCAACAACUUUCUGAACACUCCCAAAGAAUCGCCAAUGCCUUAACUAUGGGAUGUGGUUUAAAAAGACAAGACAGAGUUAUUAUUAUAUUGCCUAAAGUGCCCGAAUGGUGGCUUAUCUUCCUGGCAUGUAUUAGAGCAGACUUAACAGUUUGUCCUGGCACAAUGAUGCUUAAAACUUAUGAUGUAAAACACAGACUAGAACUGUCAAAGGCCAGCUGUAUUAUUACAAGUCCUGAACUAGUUUCAUGUGUGGACCAGGCAAGUCAAGAAUGUGAACAUUUAAAAACCAAAAUAGUUGUUGGUGACAAAGAAGAAACAAGACCUGGUUGGUUAAAUUUUGAUGCUCUUGUUGAAAAAGCUGGGAAUCAAUUCCAGUGUGUGAACACUAAGGCCUCGGAUCCUAUGAUGAUAUUUUUUACAAGCGGGACAACGGGAGCACCCAAAAUGGCUGAACAUACACAUUCCAGCUAUGGACUGGGACACAUUACAUCUGCUCGGUAUUUUUUAAUGGUCAACUCUGAGAGUGUCAUGUGGAACUUGUCAGACACAGGCUGGGCCAAAAGUGCCUGGUCAUCAUUCUUCAGUCCUUGGAUCAUGGGGGCGUGUGUGUUUGUCUACAGCGCUGAAAGAUUUGACCCUACGGAAACAUUACAGGUGUUAUCCAGGUAUCCUGUGACCCACUUCUGUAGCUCCCCCACUGGCCUGAGAAUGAUACUGGCACAAAAUUUGAGGAACACAAAAUUUCUCGCUCUGCGUCGCUGCCUUGGGGCAGGAGAACCAGUCAACCCUGAGAUCAUGGAACACUGGCGGAGGGAAACUGGGCUCACAAUUUACGAAGGUUACGGGCAAACAGAAACAACUUUGGUGUGCAGCAGUUACAACUGUAUACGUUACAAGCCAGGCUCUAUGGGGAAAAGUUCUCCAGAACUUGAUGUACGGAUUGUUGAUGACGAUGGUCGUGUUGUUGACCCUGGCGUAGAAGGAAAUAUUGCUCUACGAACCAAACCUUAUCGCCCUAUAGGUCUAUUUAAGCAAUAUGUGAAUGAUCCAGUAAGGACGGCAGCCGCAUUCCGCGGAGAUUUCUAUAUCACUGGUGAUCGUGGCUACAUGGACGAGGAGGACUAUGUUUACUUUGUGGGCCGGGCGGAUGAUGUCAUAAAUUCUGCUGGUUACAGGAUUGGUCCAUUUGAGGUUGAGAGUGUUUUGUUAGAGCACCCAGCCGUCCUAGAGUCAGCUGUUGUGAGCAGCCCAGAUGAGCUCAGGGGAGAGGUUGUGAAAGCUUUUGUUACCCUGGCACCCGAGUACAAGAGCAGAGACCCUGAUGAGCUGGUUCUAGAAUUACAAAAUCAUGUGAAGAAAUCCACCGCUCCAUAUAAAUAUCCCAGAAAGAUUGAGUUUAUUGAUGAAUUACCAAAGACAGUCAGUGGCAAGAUACGACGAGUUGAAUUAAGAAAUAAAGAAUGGCAAAGUGCUCUGAAUCCCCCACCAAGUCUUUCAACUUGAAGUGUGAUUUCCCUUUUUUUGACUUUAACUAUCUUUCAGGUAUUUUGAAAACUAAUCUUUUCAUUGUAAUGUGAAUUUGUUUAUUUUUACUUUAACUUCAAUUAUGUGAAAGCUCAAAAAAUUUUAUUGUAUUAUUAUAUAAUCAUGUUAUGAAAUAUUUCAACAUAUUACUUUGAUGUUACUGUUGUAUCUGUUAUAGGGCCUAUAUACAAUCAGUUUUACUAUAUACACAAUUAUAAUCUAUGCAGUAUACAAUAUCCACAUAUUUUGUCACAUAUAAUUGUCAUGGCCUUGCUCCACAUUGUGAUCUGUUUACUUCUCUGCCCUACACAUACGUAUGUGUACGUGUGGACAUUUGGUUUAUGUCUCCAUCAUCAUCAUUCCAUAUGGUCCCCUUGUGAAGGAUAGGGGCACAACCAUACCUCUUCAUCCAGCUGCUUCUGCUUCACUGAGAAGCUGACCUUUUCUAUGUUUGUUUUGGCCUAAGUACUUUGAUUUGGGACUCCAAUCUAGUGCCUGGUGAUGUUGCUAGUUGGUUUACUCAGGGUGUCCAAUCCAUCCUCAUUUCUGCUUCUGUAUUUUUUUCUCUCUUCAUCACCAACCUUUAUGUACUUUUAUAAAGAUGUAUCAAGACCCAGGAGGGAUAAUCUGGUCAGGUGGUAGAGCAUAGAAUUACUAAAACUAAAGUUUAAAGUUCCAUUCUAGGGGUUGAGUUGGUAGAAUGUCCAUGAGUCCACCCAGCUCUGAUGGGUACCUAACUCAAGUAAAGCAGCUGGGCGUACUGCUGACCACACCAUCCCAUAUUUCGAGUCACAGAAGGAGGUGAACUCUACUUCACUUGCCCCAUAGAUCGUCAGGUCUGAUGAAGCAGAUGGGGCAGAUGAAGAGUUCAUAUGUUUCAACACACUGCCCAGUCACCAGGGACGUUCUACUGAUUUGUCCCCGAGAUUCAAACGUGAGACUGUCGGGUUACCCCUAUACUGCUAGGCUACAUCGCCCCUUGGUGUUAUUAUAAUGUUCUUCAUUUUAGGUAGGCAUUGCCUAAAAUUAACAUAAGCCUAAAAAUAGACUUUUUAAAACAUCUCAUAUUACUCAAAUAUUAUAUAUUUUUUUACUUAAUAAGAAUUUUUACAAUCUAUUUCUGUGUCAAAUAACACUUUACAAUCUAUUUCUUUCUAAGUUAAACAGAACGUGUUGAACUGUUAUGGCUUAUUUCUUAUUGUUAAUAAACAGCAAAU